UAUAAAAUGCCUCCCCACACAAACCAUUCAAUUAUAUCAUUCAAACCUCACUAAAAAUGGAGAAAUUGACACUUACAGAAAUGUUUACCAGCUUAGGUUCCGCCAUUGCUGGCCUAAUGUUUGCUUGGGCUAUGUUUCAACAAUAUUUCCCUCACCAACUUCGCGGCUAUCUCGACAGAUACACUCAGAAACUGGUUUCUCUCGUCUACCCUUACAUUCAGAUCACCUUCCAUGAGCACUCCGGCUAUCGUCUCAAACAGACCGACGUGUACGCCAACAUUCGGAACUAUCUCAGCGCCAACUCAUCCACUUGCGCCAAGAGGCUCAAGGCGGAUGCUGUCAACGAUAGCCAAUCUGUUGUUCUCACCAUGGAUGAUUACGAAGAAAUCACCGAUGAAUAUCAAGGGAUUAAGAUCUGGUGGGCUUCGAGUAAACGGAUUCCAAAGACGCAGUCGUUUUCUGUAUUUCCUGAUACCGAGGAUAGGAGAUUUUUCAGGCUUACAGUUCAUAGACGUCACAGAGAUUUAAUUACUAAUUCGUAUAUUGAUCAUGUGAUAAAAGAAGGGAAAUUGAUCGCCAUCAAGAAUCGACAAAGGAAGCUUUAUACUAACAAUCCAAGCAAGGAUUGGAGGGAAUGGAUGCCUGCAAGCAAAUGGAGCCACGUCGUUUUCGAGCAUCCUGCAAGCUUCGAAACGCUAGCAAUGACGGAUAAGAAGAAAAGAGAUAUAAUGAAUGAUCUUAUCAAGUUCAGUAAAGCGAAAGAAUAUUACGCGAAAGUUGGAAAACCAUGGAAGCGCGGUUAUCUCCUUCAUGGUCCUCCUGGAACUGGAAAAUCGACUAUGAUAGCCGCCAUGGCGAAUCUGUUGAAUUACGACAUAUAUGAUCUCGAGUUGACUACGGUUAAGGACAACAGCGAGCUUCGAAGAUUGUUAAUCGAAACGACAGGAAAAUCUAUUAUCAUAAUAGAAGAUAUUGAUUGCUCACUCGAUCUUACGGGCCAGAGGAAACCAAAGGCAAAAGACGGGGAUGAGGAAGACGCGAAAGAGAGUAAAGAUCCGAUUUCUGAGAAGAAAAAGAAAGAUGAAGAAGAAAGCAAGAAAGCAAGUAAAGUUACUUUAUCAGGGCUUUUGAAUUUCAUUGAUGGAAUUUGGUCAGCUUGUGGAGGAGAAAGGAUUAUUGUGUUUACUACUAAUUACGUAGAGAAGCUUGAUCCUGCUUUGAUCAGAAGGGGAAGAAUGGAUAAACAUAUCGAAAUGUCGUAUUGUUGCUUCGAAGCGUUCAAGGUUUUGGCUAGGAAUUAUUUGGAUGUUGAUGAUCAUGAACUGUUUUCAAGAGUUAGCGAAUUGUUGGGGGAGAUUAAGAUGACUCCGGCUGAUGUUGCGGAGAAUUUGAUGCCGAAAUCCGAUGAGGAAGACGCGGAGAGUUGUCUGAAGAAUUUGAUUGCUGCUCUUGAGGAGACAAAGGAGGAGGAAGCAAGAAAAAAGACUGAAGAAGAAGAGGAAAAAGCAAAGUUGAAGGCUGAGAAAGAAGCUAAAGAGAAGGAGAAAGAAGAUGAUGAAAAGGAGAAUGGGAAAAUAGAUAAAGAAAUUAAAGAAAAUGGAUUCAUAUCAGAUGGAGAUAAAAAGAGUUCAGACUGAAGAAUAUAAAUUGGGAAGAGUGGUUUAAAUAAAUUUUGUGUUUUAAGUAUUAGUUUUGAUUUGUAAAAUAAAAUUUGGGAGUAUGAUAACGAGCAAAUUAAGUUGUUAGAUUAGUUCAUAUAGUUGGGUUAUUAGUGAAAAUAAUAGAAGCUAUCAACAAAAAAUGACAAAUCAUAUUAACUAUGAAUGUACUUUCAAAUAAAUUGAGUCGAUUGAUCUGUCAAA